GGCGAAAGGGUUUGCAGUUGGAGGUCCGGAACUCCGGAUUAGCACGGGCGGGCACCGCCGCGGCCAAUCAUCAUCAUCAUUACUCGCCCUCCUAAACAUUCCUUAGUUUAUGCCAACCCAAACUCCACCCCCUCCUCCAGACUCCAGAGCCCGAGCCCAUCCGAUCCGGAACUUCUUCUUCCCCUACCAAACGGAUCGAGCCCUGCGCUACGCUGCCAACCGUACUACACUCGUCAGUCGUCAUAGCCUGGCUUUCGUUUGUCUCUCUCGUAACUUUUGCUUCCGGGAGCAGAAAAACGUCGCCGGGGCCCUCCCCCGUCUUGGGAUAUUUCAUCAGUUUUCAGGUUCUUGGCUCUUGGGAUCGGAUCUUCCAUAUUCUUUGGUUCUCGAGACUCCAGAGGAGAGGAGGGAGAGAGAGAGAGAGAGAGAGAGAGAGAGAGAGAGAGAGAGAGAGAGAGAGAGAGGAGGAAGCGGGGGUGAUCGUUGUUUCUUGAUCGCCGCCAUGAGUAACACGCUGCUUCGGGUCUGCCCGUCCGACCUGAAGAUGCCAUUCGAGGUCAAGAAGCACAGUUCGGCAUGUCUCGAGCUCGUCAACAGGACCGAUCGGUGGGUGGCUUUCAAGGUCAAGACGACGAACCCUAGGAAGUACUCGGUGCGGCCUGCCUCCGGCGUCGUGCAGCCCAGGGGAUCCUGCGGCAUCACAAUCACGAUGCAAGCGCCCAAGGAGGUGCCCCCGGACUACCAGUGCAAGGACAAGUUUCUCGUUCAGAGCGUCGCGGCGGCGGAGGGGACGACGCACAAGGGCAUUGUCCCUGGCAUGUUCAGCAAAGCGCCAGGUAAGUUGGUUGAGGAGUUCAAGUUGAGGGUGGUCUAUGUCCCUGCCAACCCUCCGUCACCAGUGCCCGAGGAAACAGAGGAAGAUGACGGAUCUCUUGAUUCAGAUGUGGACCAUGAAGUGGGGACACCAUCGACGUCCAACUGUGCAGCAGGACAAGGGCAUACAUGUAGAUCACAAGCUUCAGAUGACGAGGGUGACUCUACAUCCAAGUUAGGACUGGAAAGUAGAUAUGCAGAGGAAAACAAGAUGGUUCAGAAAGACCUGAUACAGGAUGCCUCUAUAUCCGAGUUAGAACUGGAAAGUAGAUAUGCAGAGGAAAACAAGAAGAUCCAGAAAGAGCUGGAUCUCCUCCGGAAGACACAUGCAUCUCCUGGGGACUUCUCGGCGACGUCUGUGCUGCUUGUCUUCUUGUUAUCUUCACUUGUUGGAUACCUGAUGUUCGGAAGCAAAACUUAGCAAGUUCUUAGAAGCAAGAUAAUGACAGCACAUCAUUCUGCGGCUCCGGCACAGCUCUAUCGUCUUUUGUGUAUUGCUCCUUUUAGUACAAAAUAUAUAUAGUUAAGUAGUCCACAAUACAUGACAGAUACUCCUCCCUUGCUAGUCCCGUAUGAACAGAUACUCCUCCCUUCUUGAGUAGGUGUUUUUUUCUUUCUAAGGGCUAGUUUGGGAGCCACAAAACCGGAGUGGAUUGAAUUGUCUGAAAUCUCCUUCUUAAUUAAUUUUAAAUAAAAAGUGAAUUUUAACA